UGAGCAGUGAGACAGGAGCAGGGCGCGGAGCUGCCUGCAACACCAAACUUCUACUAAAACAACCGAUCAUCAACCUGCUCUUUUAAAUGAUGUCUGCAUGGGAAAAGCACAGAGGAGUUGCAUGUGAUGGCUUUGCAACAUCAGAAACUGGGUUUGCUGGAGAAAAAAAUGCAGUUUGACUGGAUUACAUGCGGAUGAAAUGAAGUUUUUUGGGGGAUCUGUGGUCAUUAGAUUUGGGCCCUGACAUGAAUUCUUGUGAUAUUUUUUGAGUGCCUAAUUUUGUUUACAAUGGAAAACCUCACUAUGGAUAACAUGACUGUAAAGAAUGACUCGUCGGUGCAGGGGAACCAGACCCUGGGUGUUUGGACUGACUUCACAGCUGAAUAUAAAGUGGUCAGUGUGUUUUUGGUGUCCCUCAUAUGCGGGUUGGGGAUCGUGGGGAACGUGAUGGUCAUACUGGUGGUCCUGACCACCAAACACAUGCGGACUCCCACUAACUGUUACCUGGUGAGUCUGGCCGCGGCUGACCUGAUGGUGCUGACGGCAGCGGGGCUUCCCAACAUCAGCGACGCCCUGUACGGACAGUGGGUGUACGGAUACGCGGGCUGUCUGGGGAUCACCUAUUUCCAAUAUCUGGGAAUAAACGCGUCCUCCUGCUCCAUCACCGCCUUCACCGUGGAGCGCUACAUCGCCAUCUGCCACCCCAUUAAAGCGCAAUUCCUGUGCACUUUAUCCAGGGCGAAGAAAAUCAUCAUGCUGGUGUGGGCGCUCACCUCCGUCUACUGCGUCAUGUGGCUUUUUCUAUCAGAUACAAAAAAGUUGGUGUACGACAACGUGGUGCUGCUUAGCUGCGCCUACAAGGUGUCCAGGAGUUAUUACCUGCCAAUUUACUUUAUAGAUUUCGCCGUGUUUUACGUGCUGCCUCUCAUGCUGGCCACUGUGCUGUACGGACUCAUCGCCCGGAUACUUUUCCUCAACCCGCUGCCUUCAGAUCCCAAAGGCAGCACCAAGAAGUGGAAGAAGGAGAUGAGUCAGGGAGGGAGGAUGGUCAGCACCUGCUCCUCCAGCAGCACCACGGCCGCCUCCCGCAGACAGGUGACAAAGAUGCUGGCAGUGGUGGUGAUCCUCUUCGCCUUACUUUGGAUGCCCUACCGGACCUUAGUGGUGGUCAACUCCUUCCUGCACAAGCCCUACCUGGACACCUGGUUCCUGCUCUUCUGCCGUCUCUGCAUCUACCUUAACAGCGCAAUCAACCCAGUCAUCUACAACGUCAUGUCCCAGAAGUUCCGCUCUGCUUUUAAGAAGUUGUGUCACUGCGGCCCUCAGCGUAUGGAGAAACCAGCUUCUUACAGCGUGGCACUAACCUACAGUGUCAUCAAGGAGACGUCCAAUGGGGAAAGUCCCGAUCACUUCACUACUGAAAUGGACGAGCUAAACACGCCGACAGAUCAGUACUUACCCGCCAGCAUCCUGCCAGAUGCCAAGAAGAUGCCGUUUGCAGAGCCGUCCCUGUCAGGGAGUGAUGUCAAAGCCUGAUUAAAAAGAAACCUUCCACCCAAAAAGGAUAGCAGAGACUCUGACAGCUGCAGUAUGGACUCAGUCACCCAUGGGACAUUUUAGAAAGGUUUUAAUUAAAAGUACCCACACACUUCCACUUUAAUUUCACCAAGGUGUUUCCUCUUGGAAAUGUUUAUUUGAUUGGAAAAAACAAGUUGCAAAAUAAGAUGCUAUUUGAUGGCAUUUUGUACAAAGUGCCAGGAGCGUUCACGAGUCUUGCAAAAACACAGUUUAUUGAUUCCAAACAGCAACUGAACGGAAGCUAACUGCUUCCAUUGGCUGAGUAAAAUGACAA